CAUUUAGUUGAUCGCUUGAGUUUUGGUUCGGUGGUGUUAAUUUGAACCUGGUCGUCAUACACAAACGACGCUCAACGCUGUCCCUUCAGUCGCUUGCCGAUCGUGAGUGGAGAGUGAGGUACUGUCGAAAUGGCUGAAGUGUUCAAACUCGGUGAUUUAGUAUGGGCAAAGAUGAAGGGAUUCUCGCCGUGGCCGGGUCGGGUAUCGAUACCAUCGAAGGAUUUGAAGAAACCAGCUAACGCCAAGAAGAGUGCCGUUCAAUGUAUAUUUUUCUUCGGAACAAAUAAUUAUGCUUGGAUUGAAGAAGCAAAUAUUAAACCAUACCACGAGUAUAAGGAAACGCUCAUCAAAUCCAACAAGUCCGGAGCAUUUAAAGACGCUGUUGAGGCGAUUGAAGAAUUUAUUGCAAAAGGAGAGGUAUUUGAAGAUGGUUUGGAUCCAGAUUCUUUAUUCGAUAGGCUUAAAGAAGACUCGGCGAUAGUGGUUGAGAAAAAAACACCUAAGAUCAAGCUACGCAAGGAGACACCAAAGAACAGAAGAUCGGAAAGCAGUGGCGGAGAUGGACGCAGAUCGGCUAAAAAGCAGCGUCGAGAGUCGAGCACCAGCAACAGUAACAGAGUGGGCAGUGUUAGUCCUGGAUUGAACCAUGCUUCACCUCCCAGGAAGUCUGCCUCUACGCUUCUUGACAGGCCUGCAAACAUCGCCAGACCUGUGACACCGCCGUUGGAUGUGGAGACGCUCUCGCAGACUUUAAAGGAAAAGAACAUCCUCCCAUCGACGUUGAAGUUCGGAUUCCUUGGGCUAGGAAUCAUGGGCAGCGGAAUAGUCAAGAAUUUGAUAAACAGCGGCCACACUGUGAUCGUCUGGAACAGAACACAAGAAAAGUGUACGGAUUUUGUCAAGGCUGGGGCUGAACAAGGACUAACACCAUCAGACGUAGUUUUGGCAGCAGAUAUUACCUUUUCUUGCGUAGCCGAUCCCCAGGCUGCAAAAGAUAUGGUGUUUGGUAACUGUGGAGUUCUCAUGGAAAUAUCACCAGAUAAAGGAUAUGUUGAAAUGACGGGAAUUGACGCUGAAACAUCACAGGACAUUGCAGAGGCAAUAAAUGCAAAGGGUGGACGGUAUCUCGAGGCCCAAGUACAAGGUAGCAAAACGCAAGCUCAGGAAGGCACACUUGUUAUUUUGGCUGCUGGGGACCGUUCCCUGUUCGACGAGUGUCAGUCCUGUUUUGAAGCAAUGGGAAAAAACAGUUUUUACCUUGGCGAAGUCGGCAAUGCCUCGAAAAUGAACUUGGUUUUACAAUUAAUGGCUGGGGUUACUUUGGCUGGCCUUGCGGAAAGUAUGGCUCUUGCCGAUCGCGCUGGACUCCAGCAAAAAGACGUGCUUGAAGUAUUGGAACUUACUUCGUUGGCUUGCCCUGCAGUACUUGAUAAAGGGAAAGCUAUCAUCGAAGGGGGCUUCCCAACACAGCUACCACUUCAGCACAUGCAAAAAGACUUGAGACUUUCCCUGGGAAUGAGUGAUCAAUUGGAACAACCUUUGCCGUUAGCAGCAGCAGCCAAUGAAGUUUAUAAACAUGCCAAGCGCCUUGGUUAUGGUGAACACGACGCUUCGGCGGUGUAUAUUAGGGCCAGGUUCUAACAGGGUCUUGGUAUUGUUGGAUCGUGGGCAAUUGAUAAUUUUUAUUUAUUGCAAUAUACCUACCUUUUGUGUCUCUAGAUAAAAUAAUAAACUAAUGCGCGUGAAAAUCGACGUUUUAAAGUCUUAUUUGAACGACAAAAGUACUUUUCAACACGCGGAUCAUAAAAGUGUACACAUUGAGUAGGAAACGCACAUUGGCGUUUACUAUCUACUGACACGAGCGAAUCGUUAAAUUGCUUUUGAACAUUUAUUGGAAGUGAGACCAGGUAUGGAAAAGUUGUGAAACAGGAAGAGAAAAGUGUAUUUUUUUAAGACAACUAACUGCUGCAGCCAACGACGUUAAGGGAUAAACGUACAUUACACGUAAUCAUCAAUCCAGAAAAUUGCAAGGGAGUUCAGUUGUCGUAGUCGAUGAAAAGUUCUUAUUUUCAUUUUUCUUAAUUCCCGUUACCGUUACCUCAGAACUGACACGAGUUAGUCCGCUUCCAAGGGACUCAUAUAGUCUCAGUGUAUUGAACCAUCGAAUUGUGCAGAUCGAUCAAAGUCUCAUCUUUAUGCUAGAUUACCAAUCCUUGAAAAAUUUGGGUCAUCCGCAGUACCUCGAUUUCAUCACAAAUAUUGGGGUUAAAAAUGAACAGUGUCAGUUGUUGGCAUUAUUAUUAUCAUUAUGAUUAUUAUUAUUAUUAUUAUUGUUAUAUUUACGUCAAAGCAUUAAUAAUGAUUUUAACGGCGAAACGCUUGGUUGAUUAAGAAUUUUUCUAAAGAAGUAUCAGAAUUACUUGACCUGACCGACGUGCAACGUGUGGCUUUGUUAUAUGUAUAUCUUAACGACGUCUUAGCGAGGGACGAAAAAUCCGGCGUGUUUUACAGUAACGUGGUAUGAUCUCACAUGUCUAAACUAUUAUAAUUGAUGCCCUUUUAAUAUUUUACCAAUCAGGCGUAUACAUAUCUGUGUAUACCAGACGACAGUAAUUUUUGUGUAAGAAAAUAUCCCCAAAAUCUAUCUGACACUCUGCAUAAUAUAGUUCUUGAAGCAUGAAAAAACCUACAGUCCAUAUUCCAAUAUUCAUAUGAAUCAUGAACAUUGGAAUUUUACGAAUAGCUUACUAAUCUGAGUGUGCAGAAAUUAAGUUGACGCAGCUCCUUAGAAGUUGGUUUAAAAAAAAAAUGAGACUCAUUUUAUUUUGCACAAAAUUAUUGUACGUUGGCUAUACUACAUUUAAAAAGAGUCGCAUGAUUCUUGAAUCCCUGAAGAAUGUAAUAUUUGUAUACAACUCUAUCAUUAUAGAGGGAAAAUACUUUGAUUCCAUACCAGAAUUUAAAAGAAUUUCAUUUCUCAUCUUUUUUCUUACGUUUUUCAAGUAAGAGAGAAAGCAAAUUGAUCAUGUAGGAGCGCUGAACGCCACAGGCUCUGUGAUUAUUCUUGUAUCCAUUGUGCUAACUCAUUUGGCAGAAAAGCUGAUUUUAUUUGACAGCUUGGAACUGAAUAAUAAUUUGCAAUUAUUUGACUACUUUGUAAAUAAUGAUAGAGCCUUAUGAAGGUUUAAACAGAAAAUUUGGUUCUUUAACAAUUCACGAAUUUGGUAAUCUGGAUGAAAAUAUCGUUCUUUACAAAUCAUUUAUGAAGUUGCAGUUGUACUAAGACAGUGCAAUGAUCUGAAUUCUUAUGAUAAAUACUGCGAGUUAUUUCAUAACCCUUUACCUCGUCGUAACUGGGACUAAGAAUUGUUUUUUUUUUCUCCUUUUAUUCUAAGAUUCACGUACUCCUCGAACGAGUUGUUACGCAUUGAAAAGAAACGAACCAGCACAGACGUUUAAGUGACAGUAAUUUUUUACUCAUAUGCCUAGAAUAUCAGGGGUAUUGGAUAGGUACUACCGUGUUUCAUUAAGUUUGUAAUCAUAAGAAUAUAUGAACAAAUAAAUCAUCCUGCGUAAAAUUCCCCGCACGGAGCACAAUUUCCGUGAUUUUUACAUAAAAAAUACGUGAAUGAUUUAGAAGUCAUUAUUGCAUGAUAUACUUGACUACUAAUCUUACUAUUGAGAUUAUACAAAUUUUCAGGAAUAUUUUCCUUAUUUUGCGGAUCUACACCCUGCGUAUUUACAUAUAUAACAAGAUUUGUUAAAUACGAUUGCAUAAUUGUAUGUAAAUGUAUGUACGUACCAUAGACACAUAAUUCAUAACAUAAGCUGAAACAUCAAUAGGAAAGUUCGCUUUUAAUUUUACUUACCGUUUUUUUUUCUUUAAUUUUCUAAUCACGGAAUUAUGACUAGUGUCCAAACUUGCGAACUUCGUAACAAAAAGGAAAAUAUUCCAAAAUUACUAACAGUGCAUAGAGCAAAAUUUUUCAAUCAUUCUACGCUAACAUGUACGAUUGAACGACCCUUCGGUAUGACCAAUGUAAACAGUAAAUGCGCAUAGACACGAGGAUAUAAUGCGAUACAAUGUAUAAGGUAUAAUAGGGGGAUACGCUUUUAUAUCCAGAUUUUGAAUAUUGAUAUAAAUGGAGGAAAACGCGGGAAAAAUUUGGUAUAACCGAAAUUACAGAAACGUUUAUUGCAUGCAGCAUAGCAAACAGCAGUGUUUAUUUGAGUAUUGACUAGACGCUAUGUAUCAUCAUAAUUUAAACUAGAUACAUUCAACAAGAUGAUGA